AUGUCCACCUGUCAAAUUUUACACAACGACUUAAAAUCAAACAAUGUGGUGGUAGAGAAGCGUGGAACCCGGUGAUUAUUGGCUUUGAAACAGCUCACUUCAUUUCUUGAUCCGAAACCAUGGAUGUCUUUAACAGCUUCAAGCAAAGAAUCUUACAACUGCCACUACCCUCACAUUUCACUACAAAUAGUAGCAGGUAGUGGUCAGCAAUCCAUACAAUCUGACGUUUUUUCUUUAGGGAGAAUUGUGCUAAGCAUUCUUGCGUUGCUGCCAACAGCAACUGCAAAGUCC